AUGGUGGGUGCUGCGGCGGUGAUACGCUGGUUGUUGGUGAUCUUGCCAUCUUUGAGCGGUACGUUGAAAUCGACACGGAUCAGCACGCGUUUAUCCUUUACGUCCACUUUGUCAAUUGAGAGCUUGUUCAGCGUCAUCUUCUUCUUUGUUGCCUUCAAACCUGUGCUGCUCACCUUACUACUCGACGGAUAUACGUAUGCUCUGAGUAAUGCGCUGCAAGCAAUUGCGCUAUUGAAGUAA